CUUUAAUUAUAAUAUUUUAUACAAAAGAUAUAUAAAUGCCCUGGAUCUAAUAUACAUAGCUAGCUAGCUAGCCAGAAUUUACAAUAUCUAAUAUGGGUGAAUCAGAAACAUUUGCAGCUUUGGGAUUAUAUGAAAAUGGUGAAAGAGUUUCAAGAAUUCCUCGAGUUUUGCAGCUAUUUGCAUGUGUUCUUGAAAGGUCUAUUCAAAAGAAUGAAAGCUUAUUUGAUGAAUCAAGAAAGAAGGAUACAGUUACAGUCUUUCAUGGAUCAAGAUCACCAUCCUUAAGCAUUAGACAGUACAUUGAACGUGUAUUUAAGUAUUCCAGGUGCAGUACUUCAUGCUUUGUCGUUUCAUAUAUAUACAUAGAAAGAUUUCUUCAUCGAAUGGAUGUAAGUCUUACUUCCCUUAAUGUACAUCGCCUUCUGAUCACAAGUAUAAUGGUUGCUGCAAAAUUUCUGGAUGAUGAGUGUUACAAUAAUGCCUACUAUGCAAAAGUGGGAGGAGUGAGCACAGCAGAAAUGAAUAGAAUGGAAAUGAAAUUGUUGUUCAAUUUGGAUUUUAGACUUCAAGUAACAGUUGAAGGGUUCAAGAAUUACUGUCUGAAACUGGAAAGGGAAGGUGGUGGAGAGUUCCUGCAGAUUCACCCAACUAUCUAUGCCUGUAAUCCAAAAGGAGAUUGGCAAAGUACAACCCAUCGCACCCAAAAUACAACAAAUGGUUUCUCUGGUUAUAGGCGCAGGGCCAUGUAAUUAAAAGAAACAGAAAGAGAGAAGCAUAAUCAAACUAAACAUUUUUCUUCCCAUCUA